AUGUCCGCCGAAAUAAUCCACCCUCCCAGCACCGAGAGCUUCCCCUUUCCCGACACCGCACCAUCCAGCUCUCUCGCCUCGUUGCCUACCAUUGCGCUGACCCCGGGAUUCUUCUCGCUACCUUCGCUCGCAAACGAAUCCUGGCCACCAUCAAACGGCCUCCCAACACCUCCUCCUCUGCCUUCAUGGGCCGUCAAACCCGACCCGGACGAUCGGCAACUCUGCAUCGACCCAGUCCUUCAACCCGACUACCAUCUAAAGCAACAAUCCCAGAGGACCCAACGUCCCCGAAAAGCCUCCACCACCUCCUCCGCCUCCUCAGACAUCUCCUCCACCACGCACCCUCUAAACAGCAAACGCGAACAAUUCCUCGCCCGCAACCGCCUCGCAGCCAGCAAAUGUCGCCAAAAGAAGCGCAAACACAACAAAGAGCUCGAAAGCCAAUACGAGGCGGUCGCGCGACGAAAGAAGCAGCUCCAGACCGAAGCAGACUAUCUGCGAAGCCAGAUGUUACAGCUAAAAGAUGAAUUACUGCGCCAUUCUCAGUGCAACGAUUCCUCGAUUAAGGGACAUCUAGCGCAGAUGGUGAACCAGGUCACGAGGAAGAGUCCGACGUUUAUUGAUAUUAAUAGUCUGUUGACGACGGAGAGUAGUCCGUCGCAGCGGGAGGCGAGUGGGAAUAGUUCUACCACUACCCCUCCUCCUGGAGCUCCUGCUGGUAUCACAGCGGAUAGUCCGUUGCUGCAGGAGGUGUUGGAAAGAGAGCGUCGACAGUCCGAACGGUGGGGUCUUCCUUCUAGCUACGCAGGCAGUGGACCUGGACAGAGAGCGGAGGAUACUUUUGAUGAUUUGAUUAAUUUCGGUUGA